UGCUGCUGCUGCUGCUCAUGUUGCUGGUGGCGCGGCUGUCGCCUUAGCCAUUCCCGCACAGACCGCUCGGCUGCGCGGAGACCUCCUCUUCAUCAUCGCCGAGUUGCGCGCGUCGCGUCGUUGGUUCGCCGCAGUUCCCUCCGCAAUCGCAACCGCAAUCGCAGUUCCUCGCAGUCCGUCCGCAUGUCCUCCCCAGACACUGCGAACACCCCCAAGCCGCCGAGGAGCCAAAGGGACAGCACCCUGGCCGCCCUGGGCGCCCACAUGGCCCCCUGCCGGGAGACGACGCCCGAGCAGCUGGCCGCCCUGAUCGACGCGCACCUGGGCGAGCUGCGCGAGGAGCGGCCCAACUGGACGAUCCGCUCCUCGGCGGUGGCCGGGCGCGGGGUGUUCGCCACGCGGGACAUCGCCGCCGGGGAGCUGAUCUUCCAGGAGCGCGCCCUGGUCACGGGUCCGACGGCGCGGAAGGGCCAGCUGAGCAGCUGCGUCUGCUGCCACGAGCCGCUGCCCCAGGAGGGCUUCCUCUGCCGGCACCGCUGCACGCUGCCCGUCUGCUCCACCUGCGCGGACUCGGAGGCGCACCGGGCCGAGUGCGAGCACUUCCGCCGCUGGCAGCCCAAGGACGCCGACGCCGCGGAGGAGCAGGAGCAGGUGAACCCACUCUCGCUGCGCAUCCUCACCGCCGUGCGCGUCUUCCACCUGGGCAAGGAGCAGCGGCGCCUGGUGGACGCGAUGCAGGCCAAUGCGGAGCGGGCGUACCGCCGCGAGAUCAUCAAGGCGGCCCAGUGCUUCCGCAACUUCCCCACCACGGACCGCGCCUUCAUGGACCAGCUGUUCCGCAUCGUGGGCGUGCUGAACACGAACGCCUUCGAGGCGCCCUGCCGCUCCGGCGGCCACGAGACCCUGCUGCGCGGCCUCUUCCCGCUGACGGCGAUCAUGAACCACGAGUGCACGCCCAACGCCAGCCACCACUUCCAGGAGGGGCGGCUGGCGGUGGUGCGGGCGGCGAGGGCCAUCCCGGCGGGCGGGGAGAUCACCACCACCUACACCAAGAUCCUCUGGGGCAACCUCACGCGCAACAUCUUCCUCAAGAUGACCAAGCACUUUGCCUGCGACUGCGCCAGAUGCCACGACAACACAGAGAACGGAACCUUCCUGUCGGCGCUCUUCUGCCGCGAGCAGGGCUGCCGCGGCCUGGUGAUCCCCGUCCAGACGCGCACCCUGCAGCCGGACUGGCGGUGCACCACCUGCGAGAACGUGUUCCCGCACACGAAGAUGGCCAAGUACCAGGACUUCGCGCUGAACACCAUCAACAACCGGAUCAACUCGUGCAGCGUGCAGGACAUGAUCCACUUCAUCAACGAGCUGUGCCCGCGCUUCUGCCCCGCCUCCAACUACGUGCUGAUCGAGGCCAAGCUGAACGUCAUCUGGCGGAUGACGCGCUUCGACCGCGAGGAGUACUCCCCGGAGGAGAUGGGCCACAUGGACCGCUACCGCGAGGAGGUGUUGGCCAUCCUCCACAAGCUGGGCGCCGGCGAGUGCACCCUCAAGAAGCUCAUCACCGGCGAGAUCCAGUAGUCAGUGUUCUUUUUUUUUGCCUGUUUUUAUAUUGUGGAUGAGCUAGUGCCUCCUCCUUGUUGCUAUUCUGUUCGUUAUCACUUAGGAAACCAAUAAAUCACAUCUCUUUA